CUUCAUCUCGUCUAUUGAAGCGAGGGAGCUGCUGCUGGCUGCCGCAUACACGCCGAGGAAGAAAGAGGGAGCGACACACGCAUCGAGAGGCGAGAGGGAGCCCGGAGCGAGCUUCAGAGACAGCUCUGUACCCAGACAGAAUGAUACAGCAGCACGCCGAGACGGAGCAGCAGCAGCAGCACUGAGAUCAAGGCUCUCUCCAAUCCUCCUUUGCUUUGGCGAGAAAAAGCGACCAGGGGGGAGUCUGGGUUUUCUUCCAGCGGCCGGACGGUGAAGAGCCUGGAGAACAAUUCAAGCCGGAGGAGCAGAGAGGUGGGGGGAAGGCGAGCCCACUGAGAUUCCCUGGCCCCGCUCGCACUUUCGCACACUGGAUGUGGGAAGCGGCCGCGGCGAAGACCUCCGGAUCAUCACGAAAUGUUGCAAUGGAAGGCUCGGGGUCUGACUCGCCGGGAGCAGCUACAGCAGCAGCGGCAGCCGGACCAGCCAACGCGGUAUGAAGAAGUGGUCUGUCAGCAGCAGCAGCAGAGAAUCUCCACCAAGCCAGCCAGUCCCCGGUCCCCCUGGAUCCCCCCAAAGCGGCAGCUCCAGCGUGCUGGGGCGAACCGCAGAGCACCCAGCCUCUGGGACGCCAGAACAACAGCAGCGACAGCCCCGGCUCUGCGGCGGCAACAUGGCCUCAGCUGUUAAUGCCUCGGAGCCGGAGAACGGCGGCGGCGGCGGCUGCAGCAGAGAGCCAGAUCGGCCGGGGAGAAGCGGCACCAGGAGGCGGAGAAGGACCGGCGGCGGGAACAGACGCGCCGCGCCGCCCGAUCUGGAAUAUCUGCAGCGGCCGAGCUAUUGCGAUGCAGGGUUCGCCUUGGAGCAGAUAGCGAAGGGAAAGGCUACUGGAAGAAAAGCACCGCUGUGGCUAAGAGCAAAGUUUCAGAGACUGUUAUUUAAACUGGGCUGUUACAUUCAAAAAAACUGCGGGAAAUUUUUGGUGGUUGGCCUUCUGAUAUUCGGAGCUUUUGCUGUGGGAUUAAGGGCAGCCAAUCUCGAAACCAAUGUGGAAGAGCUCUGGGUAGAAGUUGGUGGACGAGUGAGUCGGGAGUUAAGUUACACACGGCAGAAGAUUGGAGAAGAGGCCAUGUUUAAUCCCCAACUCAUGAUUCAGACACCACAAGAAGACCACGCUAAUGUACUAACAACAGAAGCACUCAGACAGCACCUUGAUUCUGCACUUCAAGCGAGCAGGGUACACGUAUAUAUGUAUAACAGACAAUGGAAAUUGGAACACUUAUGUCACAAAUCAGGGGAACCCAUCACAGAAACAGGUUACAUGGACAAGAUUAUCGAACAUCUUUACCCUUGUUUAAUUAUCACACCCUUGGACUGCUUCUGGGAGGGGGCAAAGUUACAAUCAGGGACUGCAUACCUACCAGGGAAACCCCAUUUGCAGUGGACAAACUUUGAUCCCUUAGAAUUCUUAGAAGAGUUAAAGAAAAUAAACUCCCAAGUAGAUACCUGGGAGGAAAUGCUGAAUAAAGCAGAAGUUGGUCACGGGUAUAUGGAUCGACCUUGCUUAAAUCCCGAUGAUCCCGACUGCCCUAUCACAGCCCCCAACAAAAAUUCAACCAAACCUCUUGACGUGGCUCUUGUUUUAAGUGGUGGAUGCUAUGGGCUAUCAAAAAAAUACAUGCAUUGGCAGGAAGAGCUGAUUGUUGGCGGCACAGUUAAAAACAGUACUGGGAAACUUGUCAGUGCCCAGGCGUUACAGACCAUGUUUCAGCUAAUGACCCCUAAACAAAUGUAUGAGCACUUCAAGGGCUAUGAAUAUGUCUCGCACAUCAACUGGAAUGAGGACAAGGCAGCUGCAAUUCUGGAAGCCUGGCAGAGGAUGUAUGUUGAGGUUGUACAUCAAAGUGUUGCACAAAACGCUACUCAGAAGGUGCUUUCCUUUACUACAACUACUUUGGAGGACAUCCUAAAAUCAUUUUCUGAUGUCAGCAUUAUCAGAGUUGCCAGUGGCUACCUACUCAUGCUCGCCUAUGCCUGUUUAACCAUGCUGCGGUGGGACUGUGCUAAGUCCCAGGGUGCCGUGGGGCUGGCAGGAGUCUUGUUGGUUGCACUCUCGGUAGCUGCAGGAUUGGGGCUCUGCUCGUUGAUUGGGAUUUCCUUUAAUGCAGCCACAACUCAGGUUUUACCCUUUCUUGCUCUAGGAGUCGGUGUAGAUGACGUCUUCCUUUUGGCACACGCAUUUAGUGAAACUGGGCAGAAUAAGAGAAUUCCAUUUGAGGAUAGAACAGGGGAAUGUUUGAAACGCACUGGAGCAAGUGUGGCCCUUACAUCUAUCAGUAAUGUAACUGCAUUCUUCAUGGCUGCCUUAAUUCCCAUUCCCGCUCUACGGGCAUUUUCACUCCAAGCUGCUGUAGUCGUGGUAUUCAACUUUGCCAUGGUGUUGUUAAUUUUUCCUGCUAUCUUGAGUAUGGAUUUGUACCGUCGUGAAGACCGGAGGCUGGAUAUAUUCUGCUGCUUUACAAGUCCAUGUGUCAGCAGAGUCAUUCAGAUCGAACCUCAGGCAUAUGCAGAAGCAGGUGACAACACACGCUACAGCCCUCCGCCUCCCUACAGCAGCCACAAUUUUGCACAUGAAACUCAAAUCACGAUGCAGUCCACAGUCCAGCUGCGCACUGAAUAUGACCCUCACACCCAAGUUUACUAUACCACAGCAGAACCUCGUUCGGAAAUAUCAGUGCAGCCAGUCACCGUGACACAGGAUAACCUCAGCUGCCAGAGUCCAGAAAGCACAAGUUCAACCAGGGAUCUCCUUUCCCAGUUCUCAGAAACGACAUUGCAUUGCCUUGAGCCACCCUGUACUAAAUGGACACUAGCCUCAUUUGCUGAAAAACAGUAUGCUCCAUUCCUAUUAAAACCAAAAGCAAAGAUUGUGGUCAUUUUUCUUUUUCUGGGCUUACUUGGCCUCAGUCUUUAUGGAACUACUCGUGUGAGAGAUGGCCUGGAUCUUACAGACAUUGUGCCACGGGAAACACGGGAAUAUGACUUCAUUGCAGCUCAAUUCAAGUAUUUCUCAUUUUACCACAUGUACGUGGUUACACAGAAAGCAGAUUAUCCCAACAUCCAGCAUUUACUUUACGAACUUCACAAAAGUUUUAGCAAUGUGACAUACGUUAUGUUGGAAGAAAACAAACAGCUUCCCAAAAUGUGGUUGCACUACUUUAGAGACUGGCUACAAGGGCUUCAAGAGGCUUUUGACAGUGACUGGAAAUCUGGGAAGAUCACACUCAACAAUUACAAAAAUGGAUCUGCAGAUGCUGUUCUAGCAUACAAACUUUUAGUUCAAUCUAUUUCAGGCAUUCGGGAUAAACCUGUUAAUAUUAGCCAGUUGGCUAAACAACGGCUGGUGGAUGCGGAUGGAAUCAUUAACCCCAAGGCUUUCUACAUCUACUUGACAGCCUGGGUUAGCAAUGACCCUGUGGCUUACGCUGCCUCUCAAGCCAACAUCCGGCCCCAUCGUCCAGAAUGGGUCCACGAUAAAGCAGACUAUAUGCCAGUAACCAUCCCAGAAGCUGAGCCUAUUGAAUAUGCUCAGUUUCCUUUCUACCUCAAUGGAUUGCGUGAUACUUCUGACUUUGUGGAAGCUAUUGAGAAAGUUAGAGCAAUCUGCGAUAACUACACCAGUCUUGGGGUUCCCAGUUACCCAAAUGGAUACCCAUUCCUCUUUUGGGAACAAUAUAUUGGCCUUCGUCAUUGGCUCCUCUUGUCUAUUAGCGUGGUUCUAGCCUGCACAUUUCUGGUGUGUGCCCUCUUCCUUCUGAAUCCCUGGACGGCUGGGAUCAUUGUGGUGGUGCUGGCUCUGAUGACGGUGGAGCUCUUUGGCAUGAUGGGCCUGAUUGGAAUAAAGCUGAGCGCAGUGCCUGUAGUCAUCCUGAUUGCUUCUGUUGGAAUUGGAGUGGAGUUCACCGUUCAUAUUGCCCUGGCAUUUUUGACUGCAAUAGGAGACAAGAAUCGCAGGGCUGUCCUGGCGUUAGAGCACAUGUUUGCGCCUGUAUUGGAUGGAGCUGUGUCUACGCUGCUUGGUGUAUUAAUGCUUGCAGGAUCUGAGUUUGACUUUAUUGUCAGGUAUUUCUUUGCCGUUUUGGCCAUUUUAACCAUCUUGGGUGCUUUGAAUGGAUUGGUGCUACUUCCUGUUCUUCUUUCCCUGUUUGGACCAUAUCCUGAGGUUUCUCCAGCUGAUGGAAGGAGCAGGUUACCUACCCCCUCUUCUGAGCCACCCCCAAGCAUUGUGAGGUUUGCCAUACCACCAGGACAUGCUCAGAAUGGGUCAGAUUCUUCUGAUUCUGAGUACAGUUCUCAGACCACAGUAUCAGGAAUAAGUGAGGAGCUCCAUCAGUAUGAAGCUACGCAAAGGACUAGUGCCCCAGUCCACCAAGUCAUUGUUGAAGCAACUGAAAAUCCAGUAUUUGCCAGAUCCACUGUGAUCCAGCCAGAGAUGAGGUAUGCGCAGCCAAGUCCAAGAUCACAGCCUAACCAAGAGCCUGGAUCCCAGCAAGCAUGGCAUCAACAUAAGAAACCCAAAAGAGAACCAAGGGAAGGACUCCGGCCACCCCCAUAUCGGCCACGCAGGGAUGCUUUUGAAAUGUCUACUGAGGGGCAUUCUUGCCCUAAUAAUAGGGACUUUUCUAGUCAUAGAGCUCAGUCUCAGAACAUCAGAAACCCCACCUUCACUGCCACAGGGGCUUCGGUGCCGCCUUACUGCCAGCCGAUCACUACUGUGACUGCCUCCGCUUCAGUUACUGUCGCUGUGCAUCCUGCCGUGCAUGGUCACAAUACUUGUGGGGGAGGCUUUCCACCCUACGAGGGAUACCAUGAAGCCGACCAUGGACAAUUUGAGGACCCUCAUGUGCCUUUCAAUGUCCGGUGUGAGAGGAGGAACUCUAAAGUAGAAGUAAUAGAACUGCAAGAUGUUGAAUGUGAAGAAAGGACUUGUAGCAACAGCUCAGAGUAAGGGAAAUAACUGAAGCAAAGAAGAGGCCAAAGAUGGGAAACCUCCUCUUUCCAGAACUGCUUGAAGAGAAACUGCUUGAAGUUAUGGAAAAGGACAAUGCUGCAUCAGGACAACAGUUCCCUGUUACUGUAACCUAUUGUAUAAUUUUGUGAAAUAUUUCUAUAAAUAUUUAAAAGAUGUACACAUGUGUAAUAUACAAGAGAAACUGUGUAAAAUAGUAUAAUCUGGAGUUGUUUUAACUCCUGUUUAACAGAGUGGGGACUAUUGUCGGUAUUCUGUACUUUAUUGUACAUUGAUCUCUGUACUACAACUAAGCUUAAUCUAGUCGUAAAUUUCAGCAUAUGUUGCUGCUGCUUAAAUAUUGUAUAAUUUACGUGUAUAAUUCUAUGCAAAUAUUGCUAACGUAUUAGGAUUUUAUUUUUGUUUGUUUUUGGUAAAGGUGUGUGUGUGCGCGCAUGCGCAUGUGUGUGUGUUAAAGUAUUUUAAAAUUUCCAUAUCACAGCCCUGUGGUAGUAUGAAAUGUUUCUGUUGACUUUCAAACACGCUAUGCGUGAUAAUUUUUUCUUUUUCUUUUUUCUGUGUGUGUGUGAUGAACAAAUAUGAAGAGCAGUGGGUUAACCUUGGUGAGUGAAGCAAGCAAAAAUGUGUGAGUUCUGUUGCGAUGUGCAUGUUUGUGUACUGUAAGGACUAUGUCAAGCACAGACUAUCAAGAGCAUCAGAUACAUGACUCACUGAAAUGAAUGUUGCAUGUGCAAGUAGAUGGUUUUUGGGCCACUCCAUCCCAUAAUCAACAGCUCAUGUGCAGGGGAUUUUCCAGGAGGAUUUUGUUCACUGGGGUAAUCUUUCUUGGGUAAGGCUACAAUCCAGCCCACAUUUAAUUUGUGAAGACCUGACACUGAAAUUAGUCCAAUGCCCACGUGUGCAGCUGGAUGCAGGCUUAUAGCUAGUCUUGUAGAGAACUACAAGUAUCAUUGGAGAUCAGCCACUGCUACCAACCGCAUCAAAGGACCGAGAUAAAACAGAAUAGAGAUUAGGAAUCGGUAUUUAUGGCCUUCAAUUUUGUUACUUCAGUUAUGCGGCAUUUGGCUUUCUAGGGAAAUAACCUGAUCUGCAUGUUAGUGAUGUUAUAGGGCAACUCACUAGGGCUGUAGCUCUGAAUCUGGGAGGCCAUGUGUCUCCACCACCUUGUGGUCCAUGGAUGCUUUCUGUAAUAAAGGUAUAAGGGCCCUGAUGAUGGCUGUUACAUCUUAGUUUAGUUGGCUUUUGGCCCACAUUUGCUUCCUCUCCUGCUGCCCUUCCUUGACUCUUUCUGCCUGUGUUUUUUUCUGCAGAUUCUCCUGUCACUAAUAGGAGUAUCCUUAGAAGAACGGGUCUUUUAAAGACGGAUACAGAGAUUUUAGAGCAUAUGUUAAUUAGCAAAUGCAAACUAGUGCCUUUUUUCCACCUGUAGGUCUGAGUCCUGGAUCUUUUGGACACCUAGCACUGCCUGCCACUGCUGCCUAAGCUUCCCUGCCCAUCCAUUCAGUGGCUAAACUUGUAUCUCCUAGUAGCAUUGGAAUGGCAUUCCAUCCUUAGUGAAGCACAGCACCAUAACUAGAUGGCUAGUUUGCAGCAAAAGGCUCUUAAAAGCCAACUGGUUGAACGCCUUGGGAGAUGCUGAUAAAGGCAUUUGGAUAAUCAUAUUAAAGACUUUGCUGCACGCUGAACUUUGUAAAGGCAUUCUGAACAUAAUUGACAUAGUUAUAUUCUUCCUACCAAUAUUUUUAUGAGAAUUUCAAAUAAAUUAAGAAGAGCUUCUGUUCAGAUGGCAAUUAAAUCAAUUUCUUAAUGCAUCCAAGCUACUAACAGUGGAUGCUCACAUCAUGAAUUGUUCUUUUCACAGUGUUACAGUAGCAUUUUUAAUAAUGAAAAUAUUCCUUGAAUUAGCAGAAUAAAGUAACUUUUUAAAAUUAACAUACACUCUUCGUACAUUCUUUCCCAGCCCUUUCUUAGAGCAAGGAAUUAACUAAUAGACAUAUUUAAAACAAUCAGAGAAAAAGGGUUAGCACCAAAGGCAUGAACUUGUACAGAGGAAUAUGCAUAAAAUUUAAUAAAACAAUAAGAUGCCCAACACAUUUCAGCAAAGACCUCCUAUGGGGGAAGAAGAAAACAGAGAUUGUAUUUUGUAUACUGAAACGUGUUGAGUUUUUUACUAUUUUAUUAAAUAUCAUUUUAGUACUAUUUGAAGUUUUUUUUUUUUUGGGCUUUCUUUUAAAACAAACAAGUCCAUCUUGUAUCCAGAGAAAUAUGCAAAGGGCACAAAGUCAGCACAGUUGACCUACCCUCUUUGUUAAGCACAGCAUGAUAUCUGGAUGUAGCGACAGAGGCUGGUGAUGUACAUUCUCUCUGCUGGCUCCCAGGCUCAUCCAAAGGGAGGAGCUCCUGCAUUCUGCUCAUUAAAAGAUGCAUGAGCCCUCCUUGUGGAAGGAGCGCAAACAUAUCUCAAGGGGAAGUUAGACUAUUGAUCCUUUAUAUAAGACCCAGAAGAAUGUAUAGAAAUGAUGCAAAGCACUCACAAAACGCUGUGCAUCCAGUUUAUAUAAGACCACCCAUAUCACUGAAGUAGAAUGAUCUUGUGAUGUUUGAAUGCCAUUUCUUGAUGAGGUGCAGCCUGCCUGAUACUGGCAAUGCUCUUAGACAAGUCCCACUAAUUUUGGCAGAAUUUCCCAACAGAAUUUGCUUCUGAAUUGUGCUUAUUGAUGGGUUGGCCAAUUCGCUGUUGGCAAACUGAACCAGAAAGAAGGCCCUAUUUAUACACCUUACCAAACUGGCUCAGAAGGCCUCUCUGUUUAGGAAAAAUACCUAAUAUGGGGUGUGGGGUUCUGCAAAUUUGGCUUGGUCUUGGGGAAUCCCAGUGUGUCACAGUUAAACCCCCGGUGGCCCAUAUUGGGCUGACUUGAGAUACCUGUUUUAACAGACCCUCAGUUUCAAACAUUAUUUGAAUGGAGAUACGCUUCUGCCAGGCUAAGUUUCUGCCCACAGAUUUUCCUUCAGCCCUGCUAGACCAUUUAUAAUGAAAGUGUAGUGCAAGCAGCCCUUUUCUGUCCCUGGCCUUGAAAGUGUGAGAUGGCUCCUAACAACUACCUAACAUGAACAUUGGUAAAAGCAAGAAGGCAUGUCAUUGAUUCAUUAGUACAUAAGCUACUUUUUAGUAGGACAACAAAGUUCAGUCUACUGACCCUGUUCCCUGUCGUAACAUAAAAACACUUUGUGGCCAAAAGACACCAUGCCCCCAACUGAGCAGUGGCAGUGUGGAGAUGUCGGUAUGAUAUUUUAAAAAGCUAUAUGUGUGAUGCUAACGGUAGGCUACCCUCCACAGCCCAUUGCUGUCGUGUUGGAGGUCACCACGGCUUACCACUGGUAUUAUUUUGGGACCAAUCAGUCAGUCCAUCCCACUCUACUUCCAUUAAAGAAAGGAAGAGGGAAAAGUGGAAAGAGUGUUGUGCUCUGAAGCCCCUUCACCUUAGCCUUCCCGUGUGUGUGUGUGUGUGAGAGAGAGAGAGAGGUCCCUUGUGUGAGAUACCUGCUUCUCAGUGCAUAGUAUAUAGACCAUUUUCUCUUCUUGUCACAUUGGCAAAAGGAGAUCUCAGUGGCUGGUUGUUUUAGUUUUUAACUUUAAUUGUUGUUGAUAUUUAUAUUUUUGUAUCAUAAGAAUGUGUUCGUACAGUAUUUGUCAUGCCAGUUUAUAACAAACACAAUGCAGGGAUUUUAUUUCUAUUGGAAACACUAUUACAGCUAUGUUUUUACUUUAUAAUUGAAUUUUUAUUUGUAUAGAAUGCUUACUAAUGUUAAAUAGGAAGAGAGUAUAUAA